CAAAGUGUCAAUUAUCUAGGUUGACAAUGUGAAAAUCGCAUUGGAACACACCCAUACCACACACCAUAUACACAAUGCAUUCCGCCCAGGCACGCAAUAAGAUAUUCAAAACAUGGUCGGGCAUUAGCGAGGUGUCCAUCAUCAAGGAGGUGGCCACCAAAGGCGAGCACAUCGAUCUCUGCAUGGAAUACUGGGCUGCCAAGCGCAAAUUGCCCCUCGCCGAGUAUCGUCAUUACUUCUUCGAUGUGGUGCAAGCGUACGUGCAGCGUCUGCUGUCAGAGCGACUUGUCUGCAAGGCAGACAAUGUCCUGCACAAUGUGGAUCGCGAUGUGAAGUGUUUCUUCUAUCAAUACGCCUGCGAGUGCAACGAUGCCGAUCUCAGUGAGUUUGUGCUGGAUCAUCUGCGCUGCCGCGAGCCCCAAAUGUUUGAGCAGGAGCAACCGGUGCUGGAGUAUUACUGGUCGCUGGUGCAGCAGCUGCGCGAGUGCGGUGAUCUACUCACCAGGCGCAAAGCGCAGCUGCCACGUGUCCACAUCGAGGCGCUGAUGUCGCUGUCCGAACAAACGCUGCAGCUGCUUCUUGUCGAACUUUACUUUGCCAAUGGCAAUGAGUCCCUGCUGCCGGAUCUCAACAAACAACUGGUGUGGCAACAUCUAGUGGACACCGAACAGUUGGAUAGAUUGCGUCGCUGGUGCUGGUGCGGCGGUCAGGAUGCGACGGCAACAAGUGCACUGCUGCUGCCACUGGAGCAGGCCUUCGCUCAGUGGCUCAUCGAGCCGGCCAUGUAUGAAUAUGCUCUAGAACAUUUGGAGCAGCCCUGCGAACCACUGCGCAACUAUUUUGCCAGAGCUGGAUACUUCUUUGCCGCUGAAACUGCCGAUAUGUCCACGAUGCUGCGACGGCUCUGCACAAUGCAGUCUCUCGAGCAACACAAGGAGCUGAUCAGACGCCAGCCACUGGCGAAUCAUUUACUGGAACGCGGCUACCAUUCGUUGCUGCUGCUCCAAUGUGUGCCCAUCUCAGCGCUGGAGCAGUUGGCUGGUGAAAAUGAGCCACUGCUGACAUUGCUAAUUGAUCUCAAGACUCAUGAUCUGACGCAGCGCGAAGGAUUUGAAUUGAUAUCGCAGAGUGCUCAGAGCUAUUUGGAGCGCACACACAACGCUGCAGAAUCGCUGUAUGAGCAUCCGCUGCUGACAUUUUAUGACUUUCUCUGCCAUGAGCCGAGCGUGCGUGCACUGGAGGGUUUCCUCUCCUCCAGCAAUCUGCGACGAGUGCCCUAUUUGAAAUCACUGAUGAUGCGCUUCGAGCAUCAUGCAUUGAGCAACACAACCACUUUGCCCACGGCACACGACCUCUUCCACAAGUUCAAGCAGGUGAAUUUUGCUGUGCUCGCGGCAGCUGGUGGCCCCGGCGAGAUGAUUAGUUUCUCCAAUCCCCGUCUGAGUCAGCGAUAUGCACGCAAAGCGCAGCUGAGCUACACGCAUUAUCUGAAGCAGCAGAGGAGCGCGUAUGCUGUCUAUUAUUUUCUGAUGGAGCAGCUGCAGCUUUAUGGACAGAUCACACGCAUACAGCUAUUCCAUGCGUGCGAGACGGCCACACAACUGGCGCUGCAACAUGCCGGCGACGAGGAGCUGGUGACGCACUGCGUCGCCUGCUGCGAAAUGUUGGAUUUCGAUACGCAAACAUUGCGCAGCUUUUUGCAUCUGCAGCGACUGCUGCCGGCGGCAAACGCAACUGGGAAUUAUUCGGCGCAGCUGCAAAGCUGGGAUCAGGCGCUGGUGCAGCAAUUGUUGCAGAGACCGGAACACUUUCCCUUGGAAUCCUAUCAGGCACUAAUGCGUCUCGCUGCCCGCAACGUUCAAGGCAAGUGGCCAUCGGCACUGUUGCGACAUUUUGCCGCUGGCAACGAUUGGUGGCAGCUACUACUGCUCUUCCAGUACUUUGAUCUGCCACUGAGUGAACUGAAGCAACUACUGCCACAUUUCAAGUGCAGCGCCCUCGGCGUCCACUUGCUGCGCGCCCUCAGCUACGAAUGCAGUCACGAGCGGCCGCAUAAGCGUGCCAGCAAUCGCCGCAACGACGGACAGACGAAUUCCUCACAAGAAACAAUGACGAACUCGUCGCAUAGUUCCGGCCUGGAUGCGAAUCUACAGCAGCUGCAACGCGACGCUGGGCAAUCCAUGUGCCAGCUGCUUACCCACAAUGCCCAACAAGAUCUGUUCGCCAUUGUGAUCUGCAGCAGCAACAAUUUGCCGGAUGAGUCCAUUACGAGCUUCACUACAUUUGUGGAGCUGAUGCAGAGCAGUGGUCAGCAUAGCACCGCCAUCAAUCUGCUGAAACACUGCGUCCGCCAGCAGAUGCCCGUUCUGGCUGUGCUGGCAGCGACGCUCAGCGAAUCGAAUCACGACUGGUGCUGGUUACUCUGGCUGGCUGUUGCCAGUGGCCAGUGGACGCAGCUGCUUCAGCUGGCCAUCAAAUGCAAGGAGCGUAACGAUCAAACGGAACUCGUUUGGUCAGUAAUACGUGGCGCUGUCAGCGCUGGACAUGUGAAUGCCCUGCUGCACAGCUUCUGCAUCUUUCAUCCGGAGUGCAAGUUUGGGCAUUUGUGUCGUUUCCUGCAGUUGACGGCACAGCAGCAGGACUUUAGCACAACAACGAUCGUGGAGUUGCGUAUGUUCUUCUGCAGUUGGAGCCAGGAUGCAGUGCAGCUGCCUCUCUGUGAGCCACUCGCUCACAAGCAUUUGAUGCAACGCUGCAUUGGACUACUCCUGAUGCAGCUGCAAUCCAAUUUCGAUUGCAUUAUGCAGCAACAGAAAUUUCUCGAGUGCAUUUGUCGCUCGGAUGUGGGCGACAUUUGUGAUCUGCUGGACUUUUGCCUGCUGCAUAGGAUCUUUGGUGUUGCGGCACCCUGGAUGCGUCAACUGGGCAUUGACUACGAGCAGCUGGUGAAGCGAGACAGUGCCGAAUACAAGCGCCUUGUGGAUGCACUGACCGAUGCCAAGGCAUAUGACGAGGCACUGCAGUUGGCGGCACUGUUGCAGUUACCACUGGCCGAUAUUGUUUAUGCCAAGUGGCUGGCAGAACUCGAGGCCGGCCAGUUGCGUCUGCAUGCGGAAUACGAGCGGGAGAUUGAGCAACAUGCUCUGCCGCCUGCAAUACUUGUUAACUUUCUGCUCCACGCGGCAGCCACACAGCAGCCGGAGGAGAAUCAAUUACGUCGUCGGUAUGAGCUGCUUCAGAGUGUACUGGGGGUCAUCAAGCAGCAUCAUCUGUUUCCCAACGAAUGCUUUGAUCGCGAUCAGAUUGAGUAUGAUAUGGUUUUGUGCUACUUGCAACUGGAACCGGAGCCAUCUCCGCCUGUAACCAUCUACCAUUCGGAGUACUUUGAGCAGAUAAUGCAACAGGAGCGCGGUGUUCUCUACAAAUCUUUCUCCGAGCUAAAGGAGCUGGCAGGCAUUGAUGAUCUCAGCAUUGCCAACAAAUCACAACUGACCGCAGAGAUGGAGCGGCGUCUGAAUGAGUUACUCAAUCUGCUCCUGGAUGAGGGUGACAUUGUGGAGGCACUGCGUCUCCAAGAACUUUUUGAAUUUCGUCCAACUGACUUGCGUUUCAUUGUCUUCGCCAUGGCCCUGGCCGAGGGCAUGACUAGCAUUGUGAAUCUGGCCAUCAAGGAGCGCCAGCUGCUCAGCGACAUUGAGAAGAGCGCCUUUCCCAAAUUCAAUCGACUGACGCUCAAUCAGAGUCCAAUGGUAAGAUGCAACAGCGAUUUGUCUGGCAGCUGCUCUACGCUGGAAUUUGAAGAGAUACCCUCCAAGGAGAAACAACAAACGCUAGAUACGCUGCUGGGCAUUGGCUCCAAGCUCAAGCAUGGCAUCGAACUGGGACGACGCAUUGUGCUUUCCUAUCGCGCCGCCAUGUUCUUGGACAAGGAAUAUUUGGAUGUGUUGCGCACCAAGGAUGUCACUGUGCUGCUCAAGAGUGCCGCCGAAGAGGAUUGUCUGCAGCGUCUAUUGGUCGUGAGCGAUAUACACAUCUCCACACGAAUGACAUCCAAAGAGAUUGCAGAGUCUGUGGCUCUGGAGCUGACCACGUGCAUUGUGCGUCCACGUUUCUACAUAUUCCAUGCCAGCCAACAGCCACGGAAUGCGCCACGCAACGCGGAUCUCUGGGGUCACAAUAUCGAUCGAGAUUUUCAUCUAUUUCUUGAGCUGACGCCCAACACGACGCUGCUGGGCAACUGUCUGCUGGAGUAUUGUGAUGCGCUCAAGGCCUAUCGUCGCUAUCAGGACAACAAGCCCUAUAUGCAGAGUGAAGCCUUUGAGCGCCUCUCGGGCAUCAUCCAGCUCUACGGGCUGCCUAGUACCAACAACAGCAGCAGCAGUAAUGUGCCUAGUUCGCCGGGGAAACCGCACGUUCUGUCCCACAAGAAGCAGAAUCAAAUCUAUGUGGAGCUAUUGAUUAAGGCACAUUUGUGCUUUGUGCACGAAUGCUCCAUGGAGGGGAUUGCCAGCGUGCUGGAGCGUUCAAAGCAGCUCACCGCACAGCUGACCACGGCCAAAUCGUGGUCAUUAAUUGUGCGCCUACUGAUCGGGAUUGCACGCUAUCGUGAGAUGUUCUACUGCUUCGACGCGCUCAUCGAGAACGAGCAAUUCGAGUCGCUUCUGGGACAGUUCGAUGAGGACCAGAAGAGCGGACUGCGCCAAGCCAUUUUAGGCUAUCUACGCGAAUAUAAUCCCAAAAAUAGCAUGGAACUGUUGCGUCUGGCCGCCCAUCAUUUCCUCAUGUACAAUGAGCUGGCGGAGAUGUGGUCACAGGAGGCACAACAAAUCGUAGACAAAGUGAUCGCCACUAUGUCCGCUGAGCCGGGCAAAUUGAAGUGCAGCCAGGAGCUACAGAUGCUGCUGCAGCAGGCUUUGGAGAAUUAUACGCAUGCCACCGAAAACUAUUUGCUAGACAACAAACUGAUUCUGGCCCAGUUGAGUGUGUCGCGUGCCGAGCUGAUGGCCAUGCAACUGGAUCUGUGCAACAAGGCGCUAGAGAAGCGUGGAGGAGGAGGAGGUGGACACCACAACAGCAUCUCAGCGACGCUCAGCUGCAUUAGCGUUAUUGGCAUCCAAACGCGCGAGCAAUUCCGCGAGUUGGUCAACACACAAUUGAGUGUGCCGCAAACGUUGAUACUGAGUCGUGCCUGUGGCUAUGAUGUCAACUGGAGCGAAGCUUUGCUAACCCAAUUUGUGGUGCUGCAGCGGUGCAACUAUUUGCAUGAGUAUCGUUGCCAUCAGCGCAUCAAUGAUAACGUCAUUGAACAGGUUGUUAAGGGCUAUCUGCUGCACACUCAGAACAAUCCGUCGAAUGGCAAACAGGAGGAAUCUCUAGCUCAACUGGUGGAGCUUAUUCGAUCCGUCACACUAAAAUACAAAUUAGCUUCCAUUUCGGGCCUGAAAAUGAUUGUUAUGUCGCUGAUCAGCGAUUCCACGGUUCACUAUCUACGCGAUACGAACUUUGGUCGCAACGAACUGCAUAACGUCACGAAUAUGUGACACACAAUAUGUGAUUUAUACACUAUAUUAUAUAUAUGUACUGAUUGUAAUGCCAAAUACGUUAUUAAAUGCAAAAACUUAAAAAAGGCGCGC